CACAGCGGCAGUGUCACGUGUUCCUUGGGCAGCUUUUUGGUCAAAGUUAGAAGCAUUUUGAGGAGGACCGGGGGCAUCUACCGUGCAGCUUCAGCAGGUUAGCCAGCAGGGGUCUCGCGCUGCCGCUGCCGCCAUGGCCGCUGCACGCGGCGCUGCAGCUGGCGAAGCGGCGCUGAAAACACAGUAUGUCACGACUAAAGAGAAAUUUCAUGCGUUUCUGGCUGCUGGAGGGAACGCUGAGGAAGGUGAGGAGGAAGAUGCUGCCACUCCAGAAGAAUGUGCAGAUGCAGCUAACGGUGGGGCAGAAGAAGCUUCUGGAGAACCGGAGCUGAAGAGGAGGAAACUAGACGAUGAUGCCCAGGCAGAAGAUACGCAACAGGACAAGAAGGGAAUGAAGGGACAGAACAAGUCGAGACCUCACAUGAAGCCUCACAGCUAUGACGACCGCAGACUCUGUCCCUCACUGCUUCAGGGGCGUGAAAACGGAUGCUUCUUUGGUGAGAAGUGCAAGUUCAUUCACGACGUGACUGACUACAUGUCCACCAAACCUGCAGACCUCGGUGAGCAAUGCUAUUUGUACGACACCUUCGGCAGGUGUGCUUACGGAAUCACCUGCAGGUUCGCAGGUGCGCACACUGGCCCCGACUUUAAGAACCUGGUGAACAAGGAGAGCGAAACGCCCACCACCUCAGAGACGGUCCGCAACUAUCUGCACAAAGAUCUCCAGCGCCGUCUCCGUAAGAGACAGGUGACCUUCACACGCUCGGAGACCUACCUAAGAAGCAUCCGCACAGGAAACGGUGCAGGAGGCCAGAGCAGGAACAGGCCCGGGUCUGAACGCGCGGCGCCUGAGCCCGGGUCUGAACGCGCGGCCAAAGUGGAGGGACAGAAACAGGAGCCAACUGGUGAUGUAGGUGUAGAGGGUAGCAAGACACCCCUCAUCAAGACCGUUGGGCCACUGACUGAUGCCGACGUCAUCAAACUGCGACCUUGUGAGAAGAAGCAGGUGGAUUUUAGAGACAAACUCUACCUGGCGCCCUUAACUACGUGUGGGAACCUGCCGUUUCGGCGCCUGUGUAAGCGGUUCGGCGCAGACAUCACAUGUGGAGAGAUGGCGAUGUGUACUAACCUGUUGCAGGGCCAGGCGUCGGAGUGGGCCCUGCUAAAGAGACACCACACUGAGGACCUGUUUGGGGUGCAGCUGGAGGGCUGUUUUCCUGAUACCAUGACCAGAUGUGCUGAGCUGCUCAGUGAAAACAUCGAUGUGGACUUUGUGGACAUCAACUCUGGGUGCCCUAUAGACCUGGUCUAUAGAAAGGGUGGGGGUUGUGGCCUGAUGACCAGAACAAACAAAUUUGAACAGAUCAUCAGAGGAAUGAAUUCAGUUCUUGAUGUCCCUCUGACAGUUAAAAUCAGAACUGGAGUCCAGCAGAACUGCAACCUUGCACACAAACUCAUCCCUGAGAUGAAGAAGUGGGGCGUGUCUCUGAUCACGCUGCAUGGCAGAUCCCGAGAGCAGCGCUACACCAAGAUGGCAGACUGGGACUACAUCAGCACCUGCUCCAGACUGGCCAGCCCCGUCCCUCUGUUUGGUAACGGAGACAUUCUGUCAUAUGAGGAUGCUAUGAAGGCCAGGGAGACAGGCGUGUCUGGAAUCAUGGUGGCAAGAGGUGCUCUGAUAAAGCCUUGGCUCUUUACUGAGAUUAAAGAGGGACGACACUGGGAUAUCUCGUCAGGCGAGCGUCUGGAUGUGCUUCGGGACUUCACACACUACGGCCUUGAGCACUGGGGCUCCGACACGCAGGGUGUUGAGAAAACCCGCAACUUCCUGCUAGAGUGGCUUUCCUUCACCUGCAGGUAUAUCCCAGUGGGCCUGUUGGAGCGUGUACCUCAGAAGAUUAACGAGCGUCCACCGUACUACCUGGGUCGGGACUACUUGGAGACGCUGAUGGCAAGCCAGCAUGUGGAUGACUGGAUCAAAAUCAGUGAGAUGUUGCUCGGGUCUGUGCCUAAGAACUUCAACUUCCUGCCCAAACACAAAGCCAGCGCAUACAAGUGAAGAGCAGGGAGAUACCAGCCUGGAGAGCAGACAGAUGCCGGCCUGGAGACUGUUUUUCUAUUCUGAUUGGUUUAUUGAUGGAUGACUGACUCAAAGUUAUUAAAGUUUAUGAUGAAACAGUUCA